AUGCCUGCCUUCAUCUCCGAAUCCUCCUCGCAGGUGUCCCUCCCCGACAUGAAGCUUGAAUGCGAGUCAGGCUAUGUCUCUGGACAAAACUCAGAAUACUCUUCACCAUCAUCAUCAACUACUCUUCCUCGAGUCACUCUCACAAAGCCCCAUGUCGACCACCUCAACAACAUGCUUGAGGACAUGCACCCCAUGGACAUUCUCCGAUUCUGCAAGGUCAUGUUCCCCAACCUGUACCAAUCGACUGCUUUUGGCUUGACUGGUCUCGCCACCAUGGACAUGCUCUCCAAGAUUCAAAAGGAGCACCCCAACACUCCCACUGUCGACCUCAUCUUCUUGGAUACCUUGUACCACUUCAAGGAGACACACGACCUCGUCGACCGAGUCAAGGCCCGGUACCCCAACGUGCCCGUUCACAUUUACAAACCUGACGGUGUCAACAAUGCCGAAGAAUUCGAGGACAUGUACGGCAAGGAGAUGUGGAACACCGCCAGUGAGAUGUAUGACUGGAUCGUCAAGGUUGAGCCCCUUCAGCGAGCGUACGAUGAGCUCAAGGUUGCUGCUGUCCUCAACGGUCGCCGACGGUCUCAGGGUGCCGCCCGCGGCUCCAUCCCCAUCAUCGAGAUUGAUGAUGAGCGUGGUGUUGUCAAGAUCAACCCCUUGGCCACUUGGUCUUUCAAGCAGGUUGAUGCAUACAUCAAGGAGAACAACGUCCCCUACAACGCUCUCCUCGAUCAAGGCUACAAGUCUGUCGGUGACUGGCACUCCACCGUCCCUGUCAAGGAGGGCGAAGAUGAGCGAGCCGGCCGAUGGAAGGGCCAGGACAAGACCGAGUGUGGUAUUCACAAUAAGCAAUCUCGCUACUCCGAGUUUGUUGCCAUGAUGGAACGCAAGCAACAAGAGGAAAAGCUCGCUGCUGCUCUUGAGAAAGUGGCCCUACCCACAGUCUAA